AAAGCAAAACCCGGAAUUACUUCGUAUAAUAAUAAUAAUGUCGGACUUGAAAAUGGAGUACAACUGGUCCGAUUUGGGCAUGCAGCAGUUGGACGGCUUUGCAUCGGAAAGGUCCGAGUGGUCGAGCCAUGGGCAGAUCUUCCACUCCGCCAUUGAUGAGUUGUCAAGUAUUCAACUACAUCGGGAGCAGGUGGAGCAGAUCCAGCGACGUGGCAGCUUAAUUGUCAGCCAGGCCCAGCAACACUCUCAGGCCUUGGUCGCCAGUCUAAGCAAGACUUAUAAAAUCCAUUCUGAGAAACCUAGAUUUCCUCCACAAAUAACGGCUCCUAAGGCCUAUCAUUUCAAGGACAUUUAUUCUAGUCGCAAGGAUCAGCUUAUCCGUGAGUGCAAGGAGCAGGAGCGUAAGCAGCGUGAGUUCCGUAGCCGACCAAUGCCUGAUUUCCGUCAAGUACACCAACGCCUGUUCAUCAAGCACGCAGUGCACCGUGUCACCGUUCCCAUGACUCCCAAUGUGCUGAAGAACUCUUGGGAUAUGGAAGAGAAACGUCGCUUAAGGGUGGAGCAGUUGCGAAAGGAGCGAGAGGAGGAGUUAAAGCUACACAAGAAGCAGUUCCCGAAGGCCAAACCCAUUCCCCAGAGCAGCAGGCAACCCCUAAAGCCGUCAAAUCGAGUUUCUGGAGUUUCUCAGGUAAAAGCGAAAGUCGAGCCCUUCAACCUGUCGGCGGAAUUGCGUGUCCAGCAGCGUCGCCUCUUCAAUGUCCAGAACUCCAAGGUGCAGGACGCAAAACGUCGAGAAUUGGAGGAGCAGCGCCAACGGGCGGAACGAGAGGCUUACCAAAAGCAACGCCAACUGACCAUUUUUCGAGCACGACCUAACCCACAUCCACACACCGCACGUUGACCUGGCGAAUUCCACUUUACUUUUGCGUUUUUUCAGUUGGUUUUUUUGUUUUGGUUUGGAUUUUUGUUACAAAUUUGUUUUGUUGUUCGAAGAAAUUAAAUUACUAUAAU